CAUACAGCAAUCUUCUGGUUUAUCCUCUGCAAGUCAUUAUAUGUCAGUAGCAGAGGAAACAAUAGCAGCCUACACCUGUUUAUUAUUGCAGAAAAUUAAGAAAAGAAAGAUAGAGAGGAAAAGGAAAAGUGAGAGGGGCACAGAUGGAGAGGAGAAAGUAAAGAGGUGGGUGACGGGGGUGGAGAAAGAGGGGGAUCAGAGGGAGGAGGGGGAGUCAGACAGUCGGGGUGAGGAGGAGGAGGAGGAGCAGGAAGAAGAGGACGACGCCAAUUCAGACUAACAGAGCAGACCCCCGGUGGAUCACGGAGCUGCUGCAGCCGGAACCCCUAGCAGCACACCCGGAGUCAUGGCCGACGAAAGCACCCGAUCCACGGCCUGCACCGGCUCCAGCCUCCUGCAGCCGGUCAGCGAGAUGACCAACCUGCCGCUGGAUCAGGUGAACUUUGUGGUGUGUCAGCUUUGUGCUCUGAUCUCAGCCUUCUGGUUUCGGAUCUUCCUCCAUCCUAGUAAAACCAGUCCUUUCAUCAGACAUGUGGUGGCGACUGUGUUGGGGCUCUACUUUGCCCUGUUCUGCUUCGGCUGGUACGCGCUUCACUUCUUGCUUCAGAGUGGACUCACCUACGGUAUCAUGAUCCUGACCGGAGUCGAGCACAUGCAUAAGUAUUGCCUCGUGGUGGCGCUCAGUUACCUGAGUCUGUGCCAGAUCACUCGAGUCUACGUCUUUGACUACGGCAUGUACUCCGCUGACUUCACUGGUCCCAUGAUGGUCAUAACUCAAAAGAUCACAAGCCUGGCCUUUGAGAUCCAUGACGGAAUGGCUCGAAAGGAGGAACAUCUGACUGCAGGACAGAAGAUUUUAGCCAUAAGGCAGAUGCCGAGCCUUCUCGAGUAUUUUAGCUACAACUGUAACUUCAUGGGGAUUCUGGCCGGUCCAACCUGCUCCUACAACGACUACAUCGCCUUUAUCGAGGGAGAACCACGUCGCCACAGAGAACUAGAGGCUGACAAGCAGUCCAAGAGCAGACUGAGGCAGGACGAGCCAUCACCAAACGUGGAGGUGGUCCGUAAAGUGGCCACCUCUUUUUUUUGCCUCCUGGUCUUCCUGUCGGUGUGUAAAGUAUUUCCUGUGGAACGAAAUAUUGAUGCCGAUUUCAUCGCCAACACGCCGUUCUAUGCUCAGGUGGUCUACCUGUACGUCUCCAUGCUGACCACCCGACCCAAGUAUUACUUUGUUUGGACGCUCGCUGAUGCUAUCAACAAUGCUGCUGGUUUUGGUUUUAACGGCUAUGACAGUAACGGCGCUCCCCGCUGGGACCUGAUCUCCAACCUGAGGAUACUAAACAUUGAGUUUGCUACCAGUUUCAAAGUUUUUCUUGACAAUUGGAACAUUCAGACGGUGCAAUGGCUCAAAAGGGUGUGUUACGAGCGAUGUCCCUACCACCCAACAGCAGCCACAUUCAUCCUGUCCGCCAUGUGGCACGGGGCCUAUCCAGGAUACUACCUUACCUUCCUGACUGGCAUCGUUGUCACGCUGGCAGCCAGAGCGGUGAGACACAAAGUACGGCCACACUUCCUGCAUUCUGCAGCCCACAAACUGCUGUAUGAUGUCAUUACGUGGGCAGCCACUCAGAUCGCCAUCUGCUACACGGUUGUGCCUUUUGUCCUGCUGUCUGUGGGCCCAUCAUUAAAGUUUUACAGAUCGUGGUACUUCAGCCUCCACAUCAUGUGCAUCGUCCUGGCUGUAGUGAUGCCGGUCAAACCUAGACAUCUGCGCCUCAAAGAGCAGCAGAAAAGCUGCUCCCAGGAUCCAGACCUGAAACUCCUGGAGGCUGCAGACACCACCUACAGUCACAAAGAGAAAACCUCAUGAGGCAACGGUCAGAAAUAUCUGUACAUUUUCAGGAACUUGUGUGGGAGGAUGUGAAGCUGCACAUACCGAGGGAUGCUCCUGCUGGACUAGGUACAGAAAAAAAUGGCCAAACCUAAUUAAUUUGGAUUCAGUGGGAGAUGUAAGUGAAAGCAGGCUCUGGGUUUCAUUUUUUUAUUUCAGAGAAUCAUGACUGCCAGAAAUGACAGCGGAGAGACUCAGAAAAACCUGCCAUGUUUAAGAAUAUCAAUACCUAAAGUGAGUUUACAGAAGAGAGCUGCGUGUGAUCAGUGCAAACUGCCUGAAGUACCACGAUUUUAAACAGACUCCCUUUUCUUACCUGUCAGACGUCUGUGGAUUAAGGAGGGAAAUAUAUGAUUAAAUAAAAAGUAACAAUUAUGAAAAGCUGGAUUAUACAAGUUGAUGACAAAAUGGGUUGCGUGAAUAAAAGUCAGACAGAAUAAAAUAAAGUUUUUAAAUAUUUUAAAGAAGUUAGUUUUGGAAAAAGUGCCAAUGUUUGUUCACUCAGUCACCUUAUUUGUUCUUAAAAAAAGAAAAAAUUUUGCCUCUGCAGGAGAACUAUUAACUGUCUCGAUGUGUUUACACUUGUGGGUUUGGUUUAAAGUUCUUACUGAUGUGUUUCAUUCCAAAAAGAAGACGUGGUCUGAUAAACAAACUAAACAGCUUUACUAAACCUUUCAAAAUUAGCUGAUAAUUAUCUGCAUGGAGCUCAGAUUGGAUAUCAGUUUAAGGGGAUAUUUCAUUAUUUGGACACAUUUUCCUUUCUAAUUGGGGUAGAGCUUGUUGCUCAAGAUGGUAAUAUUUAGUUUGUUCACAGCUCACUAUUUGUCACGCCAAUCAGACUCAGUCUCAUUACUUCAUUUAGCUCAGACACUUGGAAAAAAAUUGCUUGGUCUUGCAGCUUAUUAUUGUGGGUAAAACCAUAGACAUAGAAGAGUAUUCACCACAGGUCAACGUAACAGACUUAUGAGUGGCAUUUUUAAAGGUUUUUAUAGCACAUAUAGUAGACUUAAUAAAGUUUGAUUAUUAUGACUAAAACUAAAUUAAUAAAUGGUUUGGUAUAUUUUCUGAGGUUAAUAAAGGUGGGUUUAAAGUUAUUUUAGGUUUAUGUUUUGUAGUGGCUAAACGCUUACUUUAAUUUCAAGGUAUUUUGUCUGUGAUUGCCGUUAUUAUUGCUAAAUGAGUGUGUAUUAUUGUCUAUAAAACUAUUUAAUUAGUAACUUUGCUAAAGGUAAAUUUGAGCACUUUUAUUUUGAAAAUUCAGAUUGCAUGCAUAGUUGUAGUAAUUAUCUAGGAGAACGUGCCCCUCAUAAUACUAUUACGACCAGAGACAGAGGACCCAAAUUCAGUCAAACACAAAGUGAAAAGUUAAAAGGUUUAUUUAGCAAAACAGGAUCAGGAAACAGGAGACCAGCAGUCAGCUACCACGAAUCACUGAGGACAGAGAGGCAAGUUAGUGGCUGAAUAACACUCAGACUUGAACAGAGUUAAGUAAAGCCACUAACCUUCUCAGUCUGGGAAAGAGGUGCGGAAACCAGUAGAGGAUGUGAACCAGAUCUUCAGGGGAAUCAGCUGAAGCUGUAGCAGGAACACAGAGAGUUGUGAUUGUCCUCUUGACAAUUAUUCCAGCCAGGUUUGAGAGCCAGUCAGGCUCAGGCUGAAUAAACCAGUGGCUUGGCUGGGGCGUAAAUCCGUGGACAGAAACAGGGUCGAGUUCCAGAGCUGGAGGUGUCAGACAAGGGGCAGGCUGAGGCAUGAACCAGAUGCAGAAAACAGACUCGUUAUCCAGGAUUCAAUCAGUCCGACAGGGGGCAGGCCAGAGAGCAAAAUCCGUGAGGCUAGGCAAGGUCAUAGAAGGAGAUCAGGCUGGAAGGAACGCUGGAUAACUACUAACAAAAUGCUUCCAAAAAUCUGGCACCGUCUGCCUGUCAGAGCUGUAUAUAACUAGAGCUCCACAGGUGUGUGGCAUGACGGUGAUUGCGCUGCAGCGCAGCAGCAGACAGGUGAAGCAGAUGAGUUGAUUGCAUGGAUGAGAGCAGAGCAGGCAGAUGGGCCAGAAUCAUAAUAGCAACCCCCUUCAAGGUCCGGCUCCGGACAGACCCCGAGGCUGAUCAGGAUGGAGGCGGUGGAAAUCCUGAAUGAGGGUCUCCGACGGUUAGCUGUACGAGUCGCACCUCCGACAUCCUGAUCAACGAUCUUCUUGCCUUUCUCCCUAUGCGUUGACAUCUGGGUACGGACCAUCUGCAACGUCCUGCUGAUACCAGGGUGACAGAACAGACGAGAGUUAAUGCAUGAUGCAUGUAUCCUGGGUACGAGGCGCUCCGGGACAAAACACCGGUCAGGCAGACAUGAAGCUGGGACAGGGAGGUCUUUGGUGGCGUCUCUGACCUCUUCUUCCAACUCCAACAUGGUGACAGAUAGUCUUACUGAUUCCGGGAGAAUGAACUCAUCCUCCCCGGUGGCCUGUGAUUCAGUGGGUUCCUGUAUUCUAGACAGGGUGUCAGGUUUGCCAUUCUUGACUCCUGGUCUGAAAGACAGAGAGAAGUUGAACCUUCCAAAAAAUAGAGCCCACCUAGCCUGCCUGGGAUUGAGGUGUUUUGCUGAUCUCAGGUACUCCAGGUUAUUAUGAUCAGUUCAAACAAGAAACGGUUCUUUAGCCUCCUCUAAUCAAUGCCUCCACUCCUCGAGAGCUAACUUGACUGCCAGCAGUUCUCGGUUCCCCACAUCAUAAUUGCGUUCAGCUGGAGACAAAGUCCUAGAAAAGAAGGCACAUGGGUGAAUACGAUCAGCAUAACUUCUUUGGCUUAGGACUGCUCCAACCCCAGUGUUCGAGGCGUCAACCUCUACAAUGAACUGUUUUUCGGGGUUAGGGGACCGAAGAACAGGAGCUGACGUAAAUAGGUUCUUAAGCUUGACAAAAGCCUUUUCUGCCAUCUCGUUCCAGACAAACUUGACUUUUGAAGAUGUGAGGGUGUUGAGAGGGACUGCUACUAUGAAACGUUUGUAAAAGUUAGCAAACCCCAGAAACCUUUGUAGCUUCUUGCGAUCGGUAGGAGAAGGCCAUUCCAAGACCGCCUUGACUUUGGAGGGGUCAACAAUGACUUGGUCAUGAGAGAUAAUGAAUCCGAGAAAUGAGGUAGUGGUUGUGUGAAACUCACAUUUUUAUGCCUUAACAAACAGAUGAUUUUGAAGAAGGUGAAGGAGAACGGCCCUAACAUGACUUCUGUGAGUUUCCAGGUCCUGGGAAUAAAUCAGAAUGUCGUCAAGGUAAACAUAAACAAAUUGUCCAACCAUGUCCCUCAGGACAUCAUUCACCAAUGCCUGAAACACAGCAGGGGCAUUGGUUAAACCAAAAGGCAUCACACAAUACUCGUAGUGAUCAGUGGGGGUGUUGAAUGCCGUCUUCCAUUCGUCCCCCUCCUUGACGCCGAUCAGAUGGUAAGCGUUUCUCAAGUCUCGCUUGGUGAAAAUCUUGGCUCCUUGAAUUUAGUCAAAAGCAGUGUUCAUGAGUGGUAGAGGGUAUCGGUUCUUGAUGGUGAUGUCGUUUAAACCCCUUUAGUCAAUGCAUGGUCUCCUUCUUUCCCACAAAGAAGAAGCCUGCCCCUGCUGGAGAAGAAGAAGGUCGAAUUAUUCCCGCUUUAAGUGAUUCUUCAACGUACUUCCUCAUGGCUUGAUGUUCAGGUCCGGACAAAGAAUAAAGUCGGCCCCUGGGAGGAGAUGUGCCAGGAAGGAGCUCAAUGGCAUAGUCAUAGGGUGUGUGAGGUGGAAGUGCCGUGGCCCUGGACUUGUUGAAGACCUCCUUGAGUGCAUGAUAUUCGGGAGGCACUUUAGACAAAUCAGGGUACGUUUCCUCAAUGUCGUUUUCAGGAAGAUUAUCUGUGGUGGCAGAUGACAGACAUGUGGCCGAGCAGGACCUAGCCCAGCCCAGAAUUUCCUUGGCUUGCCAAUCAAUAUGGGGGUUGUGCUUUUGUAAACAGGAGGCCCCUAGAACAAUGGGUAGUUUUGGCGAGUUGAUGAUCCUGAAAGUCACUUCAUCCAAAUGACUGCCCCCCAGUGUGAGUUUGAUUACCUCUGUUUUGUAGUGUGAACUGUUGAUGCUAUGACCGUCUAAAGCUGGAACAUUACGGGUGUCAGACGUGGGAAUGAGGUUGAUGUCAUGGUCCCUGGCGAACGACUCAUAAAUUCUAUGUCCGCCCUGAGUCAAUGAACACUGACACCUGAUGAGAAGUAGAAGACACUUGAAUGGUUGCAGGAAAUGAGCAUAAGGAGACAGACAGUUGGCUUCGGCUCAGAGAGUUCUCCUCACCUCUACUGAGCCUGGACUUUUUAACGGACACUUUAACGCAACAUGACCCUGUCCCCCACAAUAAAAACACGAGUUGUUUUUCCUUCGUCGAGCACGCUCCCCCACAGAAAUCUUCAAUCGCCCCAACUGCAUGGGCUCAUGGUCAGAACCGUGUUCAGAAGGGGGCGGAAGACCCUUGGGUUCUAGGUGGGGAACAGGACUGUGAGCUGAAGAGAAUUUAACCUCCCUAUGACGCCUCUCCCUCCUCCUUUCUGUGAGCCGUAAAUCAAUACGGGUUGCCAGGUCUUCGAGUUGGUGAAGAGAGGCAGGGUAAUCAAGGGUAGCCAGUUCAUCCUUGAUGUUCUCAUUGAGACCUUGCAUGAAAGCAUCCAUUUGAGCAUGUUCGUUCCAAUAACUGUCAGCUGCCAGCAAAUGAAAGUCAAUAAUAUAUGUUGUGAUGCUUCUCUCUCCCUGUUUUAUCGAGAGUAAACCUCUGGCAGCUUCACGACUAGGAAGAACUGGGUCAAAAACCCUGAUGAGCUCCUUGGAGAAUGCAGCAUAAGAAGCACACGUGACUGAAUCAUUCUGCCACUCAGCAGUGCCCCAUUAGUUAGCCUUUCCAGAGAGCAGGGAAAUAACAAACGCCACCUUAGAGCCCUCAGAAGGGAACAAAGAAGGCUGAAGCUCAAAAUGAAUCUCACAUUGUGUAACAAAAGCACAGCACUGGUCAGGAUCUCCCCUUAAACAACUCAGGAGGCGUGAGUCUAAGUUCUCUUACCACAGCGGGUAGAUCAAGAACUCUGGUGGAGACAGGCUGUGAGGAUGCUAGCGUGGAGGCGGGAGUUAUGGAGCGUAGCAUAGAAAUAAUUUCCACCAUGCCGGAACGAGAUAGGCAAUGGAAUGUUCCACACUAGUGCGUCACUGUUGUGCUGGCGAUGGGUCCAUCUUUUGGCCAGAUUUUACUACUACGACCAGAGACAGAGGACCCAAAUUCAGCAGUUGUGAUUGUCCUCUUGACAAUUAUUCCAGCCAGGUUUGAGAGCCAGUCAGGCUCAGGCUGAAUAAACCAGUGGCUUGGCUGGGGCGUAAAUCCGUGGACAGAAACAGGGCUGGAGGUGUCAGACAAGGGGCAGGUUGAGGCAUGAACCAGAUGCAGAAAACAGACUCGUUAUCCAGGAUUCAAUCAGUCCGACAGGGGGCAGGCCAGAGGGCAAAAUCCGUGAGGCUAGGCAAGGUCAUAGAAGGAGAUCAGGCUGGAAGGAACGCUGGAUAACUACUAACAAAAUGCUUUCGAAAAUCUGGCACCGUCUGCCUAUCAAAGGGCUGUAUAUAACUGCAGCUCCACAGGUGUGUGGCAUGAUGGUGAUUGCGCUGCAGCACAGCAGCAGACAGGUGAAGCAGAUGAGUUGAUUGCAUGGAUGAGAGCAGAGCAGAGCAGAGCAGGCAGAUGGGCCAGAAUCAUAACAAAUACAAUGGAAAAGACAAGGAAGCCAAUAUGGCGGUGAUCCUUCUAUGUCUAUGGGUAAAACUAUGCUGAAGGAAAGUUUGUUUUUUUAUUGCAAUCUAAUCAAAUGAGAAAUGUCUUCACUGAUGACAAUACAAUCAGAAUUUUGUAAAAAAAAAAAAAAACAUGAGGCUGUUGCACUCUGGUGUUCUAGACAUUACAUCGUUGCUCCAUGUGUUACGGUAUUGCAGAUUCUGUUUUAUUAAGAGCCUCUAAAGACUUGCUCUUUGUUAGAAGUGUGUUUUUAAAUGUGCAAAUUUGUUUUUAAAAACUGUGGAAAGGCCAGUUGCUUUUCAUUUUGGCACUGUCCAGAUUUUAAGGAUUCUGAAAUAUGCGCUUUACAGAUAAAAAAGGAUGCUGUUUGGCUCCUGUAAUGGUUUAGUUUUAAAUUUGGUUUACAGGACAAUCCUUUUGACAAGGUUUUCUAACCCAGGGGCAAAGAUGCUACAACUAGGUGGGUUUUUCUAACUGCAUACAUUUCCACCUGCAAAACAUGGUAAGUAGGUCAAGAACUACAAGUACUAGUCUUUGACCAUAUGUUUAAGACAAAAAUAUCAUAAAACAGUAUUAUAGCAGUUCAUGCAGAUGUCCUAAGAGAUGAACCAUACACAAUCACCUCACACUGGAAGUAGCUAUAGAAAGUUUGCUGCCAUAAAUAAACAGGUUUUUCCAUUAAGGCUACAACAAUGUAGAAUUUCCUGAAUGCCCAGUUUAUGCAUUUGUUUAAUGUUAGCUGAAUGUUGGGCUGUGAAGUUAAAGUAAUGCUGUAGUCAUGAUUUUCAUAGGUUUCUUGCAGUUUCAUCAAUGUUCUCGUUGGGAGAGGAAAACGCAGCGUUCAAGGAAUGUUUGAUAAAACUUCAGGGACCAUUUGCUGAAGAUUACAGCCAACCUUUUCUAAAGGUUGCAAACCGUUGCAGAACCUUCAUAGAACAUUCCUUAAAGCUUCCUGAUAGGUUACUAUUAGCUGGGUGUGUCAGACCUAGUGAGAAUGAAUACACUUUCAUGUUUAUUUGUGACAUGUUAUUUUUUAUUGUGGUUCAGAAUAAAGUAAUGGUGUUCAAGCAAAACAGGCCAAUUAAAAUUCAAAAAUGAUCAGUAUGUAAAAACAAAUGCUAUCUCCUGUUUACUUUCGUGUUAGCUAGUGGUUUAAUUUAGCUACAAUUACUUAUUUUUGGGUUACUUAACAAACUGAUCCAUGUUUAAAUUUAUUCACUAAUAAUUUUCUUAUUUAACUUAUUUUUAACACGAGUAUAGCUAAAAGAUUGCGUUGAAAUAGCUACAUUCUGUCUAUUUCUGAGCUUCAAGUUGGUUAAUGGUUUGGCUAGCAGUUGAGCUAACCGUACAUUGAGGGUAGCUAGCUGAUGCUGUGUUCCACUCAAAAAUCAACUGAAAUUUACCAAGAUACCACAAUCUGAUUUGGAAAGGUGGAGGUAUCCUAUACACCCUGAUCUCAAAAUUUAGUACAUAUGUAAAGAGUAAUAAACCGUCAACCAGUAGAAAUAAUGCUAUGGAGUUUGCUUGCUAAUAGUGGGUAGCUUGGUUUCUGAGCACAACGAUUAGCUGGUUUUCUAACUUCAAACUUUCGAGACAACUGGAAUGCAGCCCCAAUCCAACAAGACGGUUAGAUAAAGCUGCUGUAAAUGUUCUCUUCAGACAAACUGCUGGUUUUAUUUUUAUCUAAACAUUUUAAUUUCAUUUUCCAUCCAAACCACUCUUAGUAUUAACAGUCAGUCAGUGCUUCCCAUCAGUAACAGAUACUGUUUUCUUUGUCUUUUUGCUUCUAACACACAGAAACAUCAUUCUCUGAAUAUUUCUGUGUUUUAUUCUGUCUACAUUUGUAUUCCUAGUUUUAGGUUUCUGUCAUGUUUAUGUAAUACAGUGAUUAAAAACCAGCCACCCGUCUUUGUAGUUUUGACAUACGUUUGUUUUGACCAAGUGUCUAUUUUUGUUUGGUUUGUAAAUUAUGUGAAUAAAUGUUGGAUUUUUUUUUUACACUGAA